AUGGCUGGUAAACUCGCCCCGCUGGCCCUCCUCGGGCUGGCCCUCGCCGUCCCCUACUUCAUCGGCUACUUUUCCUUUGCCAACGGCCUGCUGCCGCUCGUCGACAAGAUCUUCGAAAAGGGCAAGUUCCCCGACGGCACCCCGCUGCGCACGCACUGGCUCGGCCAGCACAAGCUCGACGAGCUCAUCUCCAAGCUCGUCGCCUUCUUCUGGCCCAUCUCCGCCUUCCAGCACCCCGGCCUCUUCCUGCACUCGCUCGCCUUCUCCGGCACCUUUGCCGCGGGCUGGACGCUGGUGACGCUCGAGACGUGGCGCAACGGCAACGCCUGGACCCUUUCUGGCUUCUCCGUUCAUCUCGGCCUGGCUGCGCAGGUCCUCACCUUUGCCUUCGCCACGCCCGUCUACGGCUUCCUGCACCUCGUCACCAGCAGCACCGCGUCGACCCCGUCCCGCGCCAACAUGCGCAUCCCCUACGCCGUGCUCAAGUCGCUCCCCAUCGUCUUCUUCGUCGGCAACGCCAUCCCCAGCAUCGCCAUGGUCCUGCCCUACUCGUCCUGGAACACCGUCGAGGUCAAGCAGCUGCUCACCGCCGUCUGGCAGCCGUGGCCCGCCUACACGGCCUUCGGCCUGACCGCCGCCAACCUCCUCCUCGGAGGCCUCUUCUCCGCCGGCGACGGCUCCUCCCCCGACGCCCGCAAGAAGAGCGCCGGCGCCCUCCGCUACAUCUACGCCAUCGCCUUUGGCAACGCCGCCCUGUCGCACCUCAUCGCCGCCACCGUCACCAUCGGCACCGUCGUCGCGCCCAAGAUCUUCCACCCCGACUACGUCGUCGCCCUCCACCCGGCCAAGCUCCUCGAGACCCUCCUCCCCUGGUCCGUCAGCCCCGUCGCGCAGAUCCAGACCCUCGGCGACGGCGUGCACAACUUCCUCCGCUGGGACUACAACAUUGGCACCGCGUCGCUGCUGCUCUGGACGAGCGUGCUGUAUGCCCGCGCACAUCGCCACUACGAGGGCAAGGGCGUGAGCGCACUCUCGUUCCUCUCCAAGAUCGCGACCCUGUCGGCCAUUGUUGGCCCCGCAGCGGCGGCGGUCGAGCUCAUGUGGGAGCGUGAGGAGUUUGUGCUGCAGAGCGAGGACAAGGCGCUCGUCACCAAGAAGAAGAAUUAA